AUGCAAGUUGAAGGAAGGAAGUUGAAGCCAAUCAGAUAUGGUCCUUUUGAGAUCUUGGAAAAGAUCGGUACCAAUGCCUUCUGCCUUAAUCUUCCUCCAUACAUGCAGAUUUACUCAGUUGUCAAUGUUGAGAAUCUGAAGUUGUAUGAACCUCCAAUGAUCUUGGAUGAAGACACUGACAUACAGGUUCCAUUAGUUGAUGAUCUCUCACCAGAGUACAUGUCAGAGUUGCCAGAAGAUGUUAUCCUUGACAAGAAUGUUAGAACAUCACAAAGAGGACCAAUUGAAUACCUCGAAGUGGGACUAAAGGGGAUGCAUCCAAGAAAGGCAAGCUAG